AAAAUUGAAAUAGUUGAAAUUAUCCCGGUUAUUUAUACAAAAAAAUUGUCAUUUCUGAUGUGAAUAUUAUGUUUCUGGCAGCGUUGCAGUUGGAUCCUAAUAAUGAUUCUGUCAAAGAAAAUAUUCGGGUUGCCGAACAGAAGCUGAGAGAAGAGCAACAAAGGGCGGGAAGUGAACAGGGCUCAAGUUCUGGGGAUCCUCAUGGAUUCGGAGGGGGAUCGAGGGGUCCUGCCCCACCACCACCGUUUACAUCCAUGCCAUUUAACAUUGAUGGUCUACCUGCCGAUAUCACAAGCAUGUUUACAAAUAUGGCUUCCAAUGCAUUCCAAGGAUCACAUUUUCAAAACAGACCUGAACAUGAUAGUGAAUCUGAUGCAACCAAUGAGCCAGGAAUCAGAAUAGGUGGUAACAUUAAUGUUGGUGAAAUCCCCGAGGAGAUAUCGGGGGCUUUAAGGUCUGUUAUGGGUAUGUUCUCAGGAGCAGCGCCUGAAACGAAUCCACAAGAUAACAUCAAUGGAAGAUCUGCUCCAAGAUGAGGCAUCUGUUUUCGACUGAACAAAUUGUGUAAUCUUCAUCUUGGCCUGAGGACGCGGGUUUUGAUGUUGCCUCAAAUAUAUAUAUAUUACUCUGUAUAUUUACAGGGAGCAAUAUGGGAUGGUUUUUGGAGAAAAAAUUUAACUUUGUUGUAUUUAAAAUCCACAUUUCACUUGCGGGCAAUUUCUGGAUUUGUACAUUGUUCGUGUGGAUAAUCAGUAUCCUCUCUCUGUAGUAUUGCCCAUUUCUUAGUGGAAUGUCGUUUAGGUCAAGAUAUUAAAUCUAUGCAAAUUCUUGUGUUGUGUCCUAGGUCACCAUCGGAUUUGCUGCUCGAGUAGUUCUUGUAAAAAGUCCGACUCCAAGUUGUAGAUUGGUUGCUUCUUUUCAUUCAGGAUUAGUCAGUUCUAUUUUUUAAUUGAUGCAGAAAAAGGAUAUGAUUCAUUA